AUGAAAGCAGCUUGCUGGCUCCUGGCAGUUUUUUACAUGCUCACUAGCUGCAGGGCAGAAGAAGGACUGGAAUUCCCUACUUACGAUGGGAAAGAUCGGGUGAUUGACCUGAGCGAGAAAAACUACAAGCAGGCCUUCAAGAAGUAUGACAUGGUCGGAGUGCUACUUCAUGAGCCUGUGGCAUCCGACAAAACUUCGCAGAGGCGUUUUCAAAUGACUGAGAUGGUGCUGGAGCUCGCUGCACAGGUCCUAGAAGAGAAAGGCAUUGGUUUUGGAUUAGUGGAUUCCAAGAAAGAUGCCAAACUUGCCAAAAAGCUGGGUUUGGAUGAAGAAGGGAGCCUGUACAUCUUUAAGGAGGAUCACAUCAUCGAGUUUGAUGGGCAAAUGGCUGCAGACGUCUUGGUUGAAUUCCUCCUAGAUCUGAUGGAAGACCCAGUGGAGAUCAUCAGCAGCAAAUUGGAGCUGCAGGCCUUUGACCACAUGGAAGAAGAGACCAAACUCAUUGGCUACUUCAAAGGAGAAGACUCAGAACAUUACAAAGCAUUUGAGGAGGCAGCGGAACACUUCCAGCCUUACGUCAAGUUCUUUGCCACCUUUGACAAAGGGGUUGCAAAGAAGCUGGGCCUGAAGCUAAAUGAGGUGGAUUUCUAUGAGUCUUUUAUGGAUGAACCGGUCCAUGUCCCUGACAAGCCAUAUACAGAAGAAGAACUGGUUGAUUUUGUGAAUGAGCACAGAAGAGCCACACUGCGCAAACUGCGCCCAGAAGAUAUGUUUGAGACCUGGGAGGAUGACCUCGAUGGGAUUCACAUUGUGGCAUUUGCUGAAGAAGAUGACCCAGAUGGCUUUGAAUUCCUGGAAAUUGUCAAGCAGGUUGCUAAAGACAACACCGACAACCCUGAAUUGAGCAUUGUGUGGAUUGACCCAGACGACUUUCCUCUGCUCAUUGUGUACUGGGAAAAGACCUUCAAGAUCGACCUAUUCAAGCCACAGAUUGGUGUGGUCAAUGUCACAGACGCUGAUAGUGUCUGGAUGGAUAUCAGAGAUGAUGAUGACCUCCCCACAGCUGAGGAAUUGGAAGAUUGGAUAGAGGAUGUGCUUUCUGGGAAGAUAAACACUGAAGAUGAUGAUGUUGAUGAAGAUGAUGAUGAUGAAGAUGACGAUGACGAUGACGACGACUAGGUUAUGGCACUUUGAAAGCAUCCGGACA